UCUUAAGUCAUUUGCGAUUUGUUAAAACAAUACCGAAAGUCAAUCAACAGGAUCCACUUUUUAACAGCGUUUAAUGCAGUAGUAUGUAAAAUCUAGGCAAAAUGUGACAAGGGGGCGUGGCAAAGGAUCAGGUUUUGUUGCUAUAAAAAGUGUCAACUAAACAGAGGAGGACAUAAGAGCAGCUUUAGCCGUGAAGAAAAACACCAUUCUUCCGAGAACCUCUGAGCUUAUACACAGCAUUCAGCCAUGAAGUUUCAAAUCCUGGUUUUUCUCCUGCUGUUGGCUUGCAUGUAUCCCAGUGUGGCACAAGGUUCCUAUGAAAACUGCUGUUUGAAGUACAUUGUAGGGGUAAGGAAGGCCAUGAGAAAAAAUAUAGAGAGUUACAGAGUGCAGCAAACAGAUGGAGGAUGUAACAUUCCUGCUAUUGUUUUUAAGCUGAAGAAAUCAAAGACGCUCUGUGCUGAUCCAAGACGACCCUGGGUGCAACAACUCAUGCAGACAAUAGAUAAGAAAAACACAGGCUCUAUGUAGUGUACGAGUUUCUGAGACACAUUUGAUCACGCCACUGCAGACGAAACUGUUGUAUUUUUAACCACACACAAAAAAAAAUGUGUAUUAGACCAAUACACUAUAAUAUGUAGUUUAUAACACCAUCACUCCUGCUGAUUCAUAUAUUUUCUAUAUCAGAGUGAAUCUUCAUGCCGAGGUUCAUAAUGAACUGUAUUGGUUUGCUUCUGUUCAUUGUAUUAGAACAAUAUGAAUGUAUGAACUGUGAAUUGUU